UGAGUGUCCCAGCGCCAGCCCCGCCAUGGCGGCGGAGGGGAAGGAUCCACUCGGCUACUUCGCGGCCUACGGCGGUGACAGCAGCAGCUCCUGCUCGGACUCCGAGAGCGACGAGCCGCGCGCCGCCGGGGGAGAGGCGGCCGGGGCUGCUGGGGAGGCGGCCGGGGCCAGCCCGGGCCGGAAGCCGCGGCUGCCUGGGCCCGACGAGCUGUUCCGGAACGUGUCCCGGCCACCGUCCUUUCUCUAUAACCCGCUCAACAAGCAGAUCGACUGGGAGCGCCGGGUCGUGCGGGCGCCCGAGGAGCCUCCUAAGGAAUUCAAAUUGUGGAAGAGUAAUGCAGUACCACCACCUGAGAUUUACAGUAUUAAGGAAAAGAAGCCGCCACCACCUCCUGAGCUUGAUAUGGCAAUAAAAUGGUCCAACAUAUAUGAGGACAAUGGUGAUGAUGCUCCACAGCAAACAAACAAAGUUAACUUUUUACCAGAAGAGGAGCAAGAGCUUUCAGAAUCAGAUGAUGAAAAAGAUGAACCAGCUUCCACUAAGAAACGCAAACUAGACACUGGAGAAGAAACUAAGAGGAAGAAGUAAUAAGCAGGACGAACUGCAUUUGGCCCCAAUGGACACCUAGUGAACUCUGAUUCCUCUGCUGAAAUGGGAAACAAAUACACUUUCACCUAACUUAUAUCAUAUGUUGUUUAGAGAUUUUUUUUUUAAUUUCUAUAGAAUAUUUGCCACUUGGAAAGCACAAGAGUUCAUGGAUCAGUAUUGUGAUAAAACUUGUAUCCACUGAACAAAAAUUAAGUCCAUGUAAGCAAUUUAUUUAAAACAUAACCUUUUGAAGUAUUUGAUGAAUAUUUGUGCUCGUACAGGUUAUACGGCUUUGUGGUAUUCUCUUUACCCACAGACUUGUGAUGUGAGCUUUUCUCAGCUGACCUGCCAUUGUGCUAAAACCUUUUAUAAAGGAAGAUAUUUUUUAAAUGUUUUAAGUAAUGUACUGUGGUACAUGUUUAAUCAAUGCUGUUUUGAAAUGUAUGUAAAGAGUGUAAAUACCUAGGUCACCUGAAAUUAAAACGACAUCUGAAAAUGUAUAUAGCUUAGCUGUUUAAUAGGCAAUAUAAUGGACAAAUUCUAUACUGUGUGUGUUUUAGCAGUAUAUUAGAGAUGUUUGAUAGAUUCUUCAAGGUUUGAUGUGCAAUAAAUUGAGAGUUACUGCUUCAUUUAGGACACUGGCCUUCAAAAACGUACUUGAAAAGUGGAGUUUGCUUUGAAAUCUAUGCUGGAUACAACCAUAUUGUUGCCUGCAGCAGUGGCUUAUGAGGUUAAAUGAUAUGAGGAAAAUUGUCAAUAUUGCAGAAUGGGGUCAAUUUAUGUAUUCAGUAUUCUCAAAGUGGAGAACAAAACUGACAUGCAUGCUAAAAACAGAAGUUGUCAUGGCUCAACUUCAACACACGAUUGUCAAAUGCAUCUCCUUCAGUACAAAAUAGCACUAUGAAGCUCAGGUGACUUUUAUACACAAGCAGAAACAGAGGAGUUCUGCAGCAAGCAAGCAAGCAGUCUAGGUCUGUUCAUUGCUCACAUUGUAGAAUCUAGUCAAGCAACAUGCCCUCCUGAUUCACAUCUUUUCAGAGGGCUUUACGCAUAUCUGAGAAUAAAUGAUGCCUAGGACCAUUGCAAUCAGAAAUGAUUCAGGUUCAACGGUAGGAGUGGGGCCGUGAUUUCACAGGGCAUAGUUACACACUGUGACAGUUUAGGAACUGUGCAAUGCUGCAGCCAUUUGAAAUUAGAAUGUAAAUACCUAAUUGUGACCAGCCUCCCAUAGGGUGAAAUUGCCACCCAUUUUAAGAAUCACACAAGGGAAGAAAUUCAGCUUUAUGUUUAAUUCAAAAAGAGAGCAUCUCCUCCAGCACAUUACUCUUACACCUUAGUGAAGACUGCCAUGGCUGUUACUGACACAGUAUUUCUGUCAACACACAGGUAGCCACUGAUUACUUAUGCAACUACUGAUCUAGCCUGACUCUGGGUACUGUUUGUUCAUGAGUUUAGGUGGUCUCAUUAAGCAUUAUAUUUUUGAGCCUAUUAAGCACCAUUUACAAAGGUGGGGAAAAAAUUUGAUGUGUUAAACUUGAAGCUAGUGUCUGUGAAUGAUCAGGCUAAACCCAACCUUCUCUGUUCAUCCUGUGGAUCACUGGAGUUGGGAGUGUAUUCUUCAAAGGAUGUGUUGUUACGAAGAAUCCUUAAAUUGAGGUCAAAGAGGAACUUCAGUUUUGGUUACAAGUAUAGAGAGCUGGAUUGGAAGAGUGAUACUGAGAUUCUCUUCAGCCAUGAAAUCUAAUAGGUCAGUUUCGUGGGUGUGCUAUUCUGCUCCCUGUUGUCUAGUUAGCAAGGUGCUGGACCCCCUCUCCUGGGUGCUAUUUGAUCUAAAGAGGUUUUGGAAAUUCUGCCUUAAUUACCCGAUCCCAGUAAAUACAGAGAAUAUCCUGAGGUUAGCCAAGAUAGCUGAUUUUUGAUACUAGAGAGAUUCAAUCUGUUCAAACCUCACAGUUGUCUAAGAGAUUGACUAAUGUUUGGAUCCUGUAAAGAUCUCUUUGUCUGCUGCCUGAAGUAGCUGAAACAAUUCCAUAGCUGUAGUUUAAAGCCAGGGACCCUGGCAGUAGAUGCAUGUCUGCAGUGGUGGCAUGACAAAGAGGCUUUUGUCUUCAUAUUAUUUGCUUCAUUACCCUAGUAGCAACUUGGGCAAGGAUCAGCAUGUGAUGAUGGUACUUACUAGUGACUCCUGUUUGGCCUUGGAACACCGAGAGUAUAAUGAUAUGGUUAAUAUCGAGCCUUAUUGAAACUAACAGCUUCCAACCUGUUUGGCUGUUAGUGGCAGAAACCAUGUCUAACCUGGAACGGGACUUAAUUAAAAAUAUUGCUUUGUUGGAGGUUGGGCGAAACAUUGUUGAAGCUGGUGCGCACUAUAGCUGUCCUUCAUUCUGGAUAAAUAUAGGAUGCAACUUUUAGAGUAAGGUAGCUGAAACAACAGAAGCAUUACUCAAAAUGCAGACCGCAUGCAAGGUUGCAGCCAGUCAGAAACUGAACUCUGUGAACAGGUGUGUGUUGCUGGGGUUUGAAUGAAAAUGUAGGAGGCUGAGUAUUGACUGGUGGAGGUGUGUGUCUGUGGGAGAAGCAGCCAACAAGAGAAGCACUGGUAACAUAGCCCUGAGAGAAAGCUAAGAGAGAGAACUUUUUGGGAAAGUGGCUGGCUGGAAAGAGGCUUGGAACUGUGAGCAGAUAAAUUGCCUCUUUGAUUCCUACCAUUUUCAGAGAAAUAGGACUUUGUAUAUUUGUAAAUAAACAAGAUGGCAGUAAAGAAAUAUCUAACUCUCUUAUCAAUUUCUCUUCCUAAGGGAAACAACCUGCCCUCCUCCCCAAUAUUGGCUAAGGACUCAGCUCAGAAGGGGUAACAAUAUUUAGCAUGUAUCACUUUUCAUCUUUUGAUUUGUAAUAAUAAUGCCUAGGUCUUAUAUAGCACAUUUCAUCAGUAGAUCUGAAAGUGCUUUACAAUGAAGGUCAAUAUCAUUCCCGUUUUACAGAUGGGAAAACUGAGGCACAGACUGGUUAAGUAACUUGCCCAAGCUUACGCAGCAACUAGUGGCAGAGCUGAGAAUACAACUCAGAUCUCAAGUGCCAGCUGAAUGCUCUGCUCAUUAUACCAUACCACUGGCCUGCUGGGUGAUCUAGGACAAGUCACUUCACCUUUUUCUACUUCAGUUUCUCCAUCUGUGAUAUAGGAUAAUGGAGAUGAAUGAUACUGACCUUUGCAAAAACAGUUGAGAUCCAGUGAUAAAAAUUACUAUAUAAGAGUUAAGUAUUAAAAUUAUUAUACAUUGCCAGGUCCCCUGAACCUACACUGGCAUUUUAGCCUCCUUGCAGUUUGAAGGUAGAACCACAUCUGUCAGUCACUAUCUCAGAAAUAUGUUCCAGCUGUUAAAGAGCCACAGAGCACAUGAAUCAAUUUUCUUUUUGAUUACUUCAGAUAUCUUGAUAUCUAUAACCUUCCCCAUAAAAAUAACAUGGGGAGGCUGCGCUGUCUUGUCUGAAGAAAGGAAAUGUUCAGGUGAGCAUGAAUAAAUACUGUGUUCCUCAAGAGAUCCUACAAUGGGAUUUUGGCAGGGAGAGCUAUGAAAUAGGCAAGAAUCCUGUGAAUAAAGUCCUAACACAGGGAUGGGGAUGAUGAUGAUGUAAGGAGUUGUCUACGAAAGAAGCCCCUCAGUCUUAGGGUUACAGAACACAAUCUUCAGUUACAAGGGUCUUGGAUAUUUCUCUCAGCCAGUUUUUAUUGGAAGCUGUUUUCUCAGUUUCUAGGAGUGCUAAAUUGGCAUCUGUGUUUCACACUAAUUUUAACUAGAUGUCUGAGCUUAUCUUCUUUGUAAAACUGUACCUUCCAAUGUCAGCUCCUAGUCCAGCUAGCUGCCUUUAGAUGAGUUAUGAAACAGGCAUGGAGUAAUUUAAUUAAUACAGAGAUAUAUGGAGCAUUGUGUUGGGUUAUCCAGCAGUUAUCAGGAGAGGGUUACUAUUUUCUACCUGAGUAAAUAUCACAACUGUAGGC